AAUAACGUCCUCGAUGUGUUAUUUUACUACACGUACAACUGCUUACGUUAGUAGAAUCAUCCCAUGCACAAAUAUAUAAAUAGGGCCCCAAGGAUUCACUCAAGGUUACACUAAUGUUUAAGAGCUAAUUAAAGCUAUAUUAACCUCAAAAAAUGGCGUUUAUCUUCUUCACUUGUAGUAAGUUCUUGGUAAUACCAAUUUUGCUCUUAAAUGUAUUAAUUAUCUCUGUUAAGAGUAGCGCUGUUGAUCAUAAUAAAUUAGGGGGAGGUCCUUCAAUCCCAAAAUUGGAUCAAGAUUUGUUGGAAUUUCCAUUGAAUUUGGAAUAUUUAGAAGCCGAGUUUUUCUUAUGGGGUUCUACUGGAAGUGGGUUGGACAGAAUUGCCCCUAAUCUUGCCCAAGGAGGUCCUUCUCCCAUUGGGGUUAGAAAAGCACUUCUUGACCCUUUUACUAAUGACGUUAUUUAUCAAUUUGCCCUUCAAGAAGUUGGUCAUUUGAGGGCAAUCAAGGAAAAAGUGAAAGGAUUUCCAAGACCAAGUUUGAACCUAAGUAGCUCAGUAUUUGCUGAUGUGAUGAACUCUGCAUUUGAACGUCCACUAUAUCCUCCUUUUGACCCUUAUAUUAGUCCGCUUAAUUACUUACUUGCCUCUUAUUUGAUCCCCUAUGUUGGCCUUACUGGUUACGUGGGUGCCAAUGCGAAACUUACAUCCUCAGAUGCCAAAUCGCUAGUAGCAGCAUUAUUGGCCGUGGAGUCAGGCCAAGAUGCAGUGAUCCGAACAAUGCUCUACCAACGGCGGCUUCAAUGGGUGCCACCCUACAGAAUAACUGUGCAAGAGUUUACGAACCGAAUUUCGGAGCUAAGGAACAAGCUUGGUAACACAGGCUCAAAGGACGAAGGCUUAUUUGUAGAACCAUCAAGAGGUGCAGAAGGAAAAGUAAGUGGCAAUAUACUUGCUGGGGAUAAAAACUCUAUAGGGUACCCUAGAACUCCAGAAGAGAUUUUGAGAAUUGUGUAUUCAAGUGGAGAUGAGAAGAAGGUUGGUGGAUUUUAUCCUAAAGGUGCUGAUGGAUCCAUAGCUCAAUCUUAUCUUUGAACCCAAAAAAACAGUGGUGUUUAAUUUUAAUAUGCAUGGUAGUUUGAGAGUUAAGAUUUCAAAUUAAAGAUGUUUAAGAGACUUUUUUAUGUUGUUUUGUUAGAUGUUUAGUUUAGAGUUUUAACUAGAGAAUUAGAAAUAAUCGUGUUAUAAGAGGAGUUUUUUUUUUAAAUUUACCAAUAAGGUUUUAGGGAAGUUUUUGAUGAGUAUUAUAAGUACAUUGUUGACAA